GGGUGGGCGGGGCGAGCAGCAGCAGCAGCAGCAGCAGCAGCAGCAGCAGCAGCAGCGGCGCAGCAGCGGUGCUGCUGCGGGUUGCUCGAUGGGGAAGGAGAAGACGCACAUAAACCUGGUGGUGAUCGGCCACGUGGACAGCGGCAAGAGCACCACCACUGGCCACUUGAUUUAUAAACUCGGAGGAAUUGACAAAAGAACUAUUGAGAAGUUCGAAAAAGAGUCCUCGGAAAUGGGAAAAGCUUCUUUCAAGUACGCGUGGGUGCUGGACAAGCUCAAGGCGGAGCGCGAGCGCGGCAUCACCAUAGACAUCGCUCUGUGGCAGUUCGAGACCCCCGCUUUCCACUACACAGUCAUUGACGCGCCGGGGCACAGGGACUUCAUCAAAAACAUGAUUACGGGCACUUCUCAAGCCGAUGUCGCGCUUCUUGUGGUCCCCGCGGAUCAGGGAGGGUUUGAGGGGGCUUUCUCCAAGGAAGGUCAAACCCGCGAACACGCUCUCCUCGCCUUCACUCUGGGAGUGAAGCAAAUGAUAGUUGGAAUAAACAAAAUGGACGCAACAACUCCCGAGAAGUACAGCGAGUCCCGCUUCAACGAGAUCCAAGCCGAAGUCUCCAGAUACCUGAAGACCGUCGGCUACAACCCCGAAAAAGUCCCCUUUGUCCCCAUCUCCGGCUUCGUCGGAGACAACAUGGUGGAGCGCAGCAGCAGCAUGCCCUGGUACAAAGGCAAGACCCUAGUAGAAGCCUUAGACAGCGUCGAACCCCCCAAGAGACCAGUGGACAAACCAUUAAGACUUCCUCUCCAAGACGUCUACAAGAUCGGAGGAAUAGGGACUGUCCCCGUGGGCCGCGUGGAGACAGGCAUAUUAAAGCCCGGCAUGGUGGUCACCUUCGCCCCCUCGGGUCUCCAAACUGAAGUCAAGUCCGUCGAAAUGCAUCACUCUCAAUUAGAACAAGCAGUCCCUGGAGACAAUGUGGGGUUUAAUGUCAAAAAUGUCUCCGUCAAGGACGUCAAAAGGGGACACGUGGCCUCGGACAGUAAGAACGAUCCCGCGAAAGCUGCUGCGAGCUUUCAAGCCCAAGUCAUAGUGCUGCACCACCCGGGGCAGAUUAACCCCGGCUACACUCCGGUCUUGGACUGCCACACAGCCCAUAUUAGUUGCAAGUUUGCGGAGUUGGAGAAGAGAUUAGAUCGGAGAAGUGGAAAAGCUCUCGAGGACUCUCCGAAGUCGAUUAAGUCCGGAGACGCGGCGAUCGUCAAGAUGGAGCCCAGCAAGCCCAUGUGCGUGGAGGCCUUCAUAGAGUACCCGCCGCUGGGCAGGUUUGCAGUGAGGGAUAUGAAGCAGACGAUUGCGGUGGGGGUUAUUAAGGCUGUUGAGAAAAAAGAGGCUGGGGGGAAGGUCACGAAGAGUGCGCAGAAGGCAGCUGCCAAAAAAUGA